AUGCAACAAUCAAAUUAGUUACUUUCUACAGUAGCAAAUAUCUUAGAUGAAAUAAUUAAGGAAACAGAUGCUUUAGAAAUUGAGUAAGAAUCACAAUCAUAUUUUCAUGCCAACAAAGCACCUUCAAUAUCAAUUCACAAUUACUUGUAAAGAAUUGCAAAAUAUACUCAUUGCAGUGAAUAAUGUUUUGUUAUUGCAUUAAUUUACUUAGAUAGGUUAUAAGAAAAACAUCCUUAUUUAGUGCUUAAUUCUAAAUGUAUACAUAGGUAGUUUAAUUUAAAUUAUGAAGAUUCCUCUUGGUAGCAAUUGUAAUUGCCAUAAAAUAUCAAGAUGAUGAUUAUUAUAAAAAUGAAUAUUAUGCAAAAGUAGGUGGCAUAAGUGUUAGAGAGAUAUUUAUUCUUGAAUAAGAAUUCUUGGAGUUAAUGGACCAUUAAUUGUUUAUAGAUGAACAAUAUUAUUUUCUUUAUGAAAAGAAAUUGCUUGAAUACGGAGAGAUUGAAAUGCCCUGA